AUGGAAGACGGUGACUUUGAUCAAAGGCUACGGGAUCUACAAAGGGAAUAUCUGGAAUUUCUUGAUGAUGAGGAAGAUCAAGGUAUAUAUAUGAAUAGAGUGAAACAAAUGAUAAGUGAAAAGUGCAAGCGUCUUAUUGUUAAUAUAAAUGAUUUGAGGAGAAAAAAUCCUGAUAGGGCUAAAAACUUGUUGGACAAUGCAUUUGAAGAACAAAUAGCAUUCCAGCGAGCUUUGAAAGAAUAUGUAUCAUCUAUAGACCCAACAUAUGCUAAGGACCAGGAAGAGUUUUUUGUUGCCUUUUCAGGGAGCUUUGGUACAAAACAUGUUACGCCACGGAGUUUAACUUCGAGGUAUCUGGGUAAUUUAAUAUGUGUGGAAGGAAUUGUUACAAGAGUGUCAUUGGUACGGCCAAAGGUAGUUCGUAGUGUCCAUUAUUGCCCAGCUACAAAGAAGGUUAUGGAAAGGAAGUACACUGAUCUGACAUCAUUUGAAGCCUUCCCCACUACGGCUGUGUAUCCUACUAAGGAUGAUGAAGGCAACCCUCUAGAAACAGAAUAUGGUCUGUCACGGUAUAAAGACCAUCAAACAUUGACAGUCCAGGAAAUGCCUGAGAAGGCACCGGCCGGGCAGCUUCCCAGGAGUGUGGAUAUAGUGUGUGAUGAUGAUCUUGUAGAUAAGUGUAAGCCCGGGGACAGAGUGCAGAUAGUGGGCAAUUACCGAUGCUUGCCAUCAAAGCAAGGAAGUUUUACUGCGGGUACUUUUAGAACAAUACUAAUAGCUAACAACAUAACCCAAAUCAAUAAAGACAUGAAUCUCAAUGUUUCUUUGGAGGAUAUCAAACUAUGCAAGCGGCUCGCUAAGAGGACCAAUUCUGACAUCUUUGAGCUCUUGAGUAAAUCAUUGGCACCAUCUAUACACGGUCACGACUACAUCAAAAUGGCUAUUCUGUGUCAGCUACUCGGUGGGAUGGAGAAGAUCUUGCCCAAUGGCACAAGACUGAGAGGGGACAUCAACAUCUUGCUCAUUGGAGACCCGUCGGUGGCCAAGUCGCAGCUGCUGCGCUACGUACUGUCGACGGCUCCGCGCGCCAUCACCACCACGGGCCGCGGCUCGUCGGGCGUGGGGCUGACGGCCGCCGUGACCACGGAUCCCGACACGGGAGACCGACGCCUCGAGGCCGGCGCCAUGGUGCUGGCGGACCGCGGCGUCGUGUGCAUCGACGAGUUCGACAAGAUGUCGGACGUGGACCGCACGGCCAUCCACGAGGUCAUGGAGCAAGGCCGCGUCACCAUCGCCAAGGCCGGCGUGCACGCGUCGCUCAACGCGCGCUGCGCCGUGCUGGCGGCCGCCAACCCCGUCUACGGCCGCUACGACCGCUACAAGACGCCCAUGGAGAACAUCGGCCUGCAGGACUCGCUGCUGUCGCGUUUCGACCUGCUCUUCGUCAUGCUCGACGUCUCCGACGCCGACCACGACGACGCCAUCUCCGAGCACGUGCUACGCAUGCACCGAUACAGAAAUCCGAAGGAGCGGGACGGCGAAGUGCUGCCGAUGGGCUGCAGCGUCGAAAUGUUGUCGACGGAGAAUCCCGACGACGAAGAUGCGGAGGAAGCGGCCGACACCAUAUACGAAAAGUACGACCCGCUCCUCCACGGCAAGAGCCGGAACAAGAAGGACCAAAUCUUCAGCACCAAGUUCAUGCGGAAGUACAUCCACAUCGCGAAGCUCAUCAAGCCCAAACUGACGCAGGAAGCCUCCGACGCCAUCGCCGACGAGUACGCCAAGCUGAGGAACCGGGACGAAUCCGAGACCGACGUGGCCAGGACGCAGCCCGUGACGGCCCGAACCCUGGAGACGCUAAUCCGCCUGGCCACGGCCCACGCCAAGUGCCGGCUCAGCUCUCUCGUGUCGGAGCGCGACGCCCUGGCCGCCAUUCACCUGGUGCACUUCGCCUACUUCAAAAGGGUGCUCGCAAAGGAGAAGCGGCGCAAGCGUCGAGCGUCCUCCGCCGAGGAGGCGGACGACGGCGGCGACGCCGAGCGACGGCCGAAGCCCAAACGGACGAGGAAAACGCAGGACCGCGACGGCGCCGACCCGUACGCGUUCUCGUCGGACGAGGAGGCGCAGCCCAUCCUGCGAGCCGCCAGGAGCGGUCUCCCGGAGCCCGCCGCGCCGCCCGGGCCCGCCUUCGAGCUGGACGUCGCCAGGCUGAGCCUCUUCAAGGCCGCGCUGCAACAGCUGUUCCGGGACGAGCGCGCCAACUCCCUUCCUCUGGAGCGCAUCAUGCGCCACCUGGACGAGAAGCACCCGAGCGCGCCUUUCGAUCGGGCCGAAGUGGCCGCCGCUCUCACUGCGAUGACUCACGACAACCAGGUCAUGAUGGCGGACGACAUCGUGUUUCUCAUUUGA